CUGAAAACCUCAGCCAGAGUCCAGGAACCCUCAAUACAGGGGCCAGAAGAGACCCUCUUCUGCUGGCCUGAGAACGCAAGUUUCCAGUUUGCUUCAAUCCUCUGUCUCUGUAAUCACGGGACCAUGAACCAGAAGACCACCCUGGUGCUCCUUGCUCUGGCUGUCAUCACCAUCUUUGCCUUGGUGUGUGUCUUACUAGCUGGCAGGGGAGGAGAUGGAGGUGAAACCAGCCAACCUCACUACUGCCCCUCCGGAACCCCCAGUGUCCAGCCUUGGACACACCCUGACCACAGCCAGCUGUUUGCAGACCUGAGCCGGGAAGAGCUGAGGGCUGUGAUGAGCUUCCUGACCCAGAAGCUGGGGCCGGACCUGGUGGAUGCAGCCCAGGCCCGACCCUCAGACAACUGCGUCUUCUCAGUAGAGCUGCAGCUGCCCCCCAAGGCGGCAGCCCUGGCCCACCUGGACAGGGGGAGCCCCCCACCUGCCCGGGAGGCACUGGCCAUCGUCUUCUUUGGCAAACAACUGCAGCCCAAUGUGACUGAGCUGUUGGUGGGGCCACUGCCCCAGCCCUCCUACAUGCGGGAUGUGACUGUGGAGCGUCACGGGGGGCCCCUGCCCUACUACCGACGCCCCGUGCUUCUCCGAGAGUACCUGGACAUAGACCAGAUGAUCUUCAACAGAGAGCUGCCCAAGGCUGCUGGUGUCCUCCACCACUGCUGCUCCUACAGACAAGGAGGAGGGAACCUGGUGACCAUGACCACAGCCCCCCGCGGUUUGCAAUCAGGGGACAGGGCCACUUGGUUUGGCCUCUACUACAACAUCUCAGGGGCUGGGUACUAUCCGCACCCCAUAGGGUUGGAGCUGCUGGUAGAUCACAAGGCUCUGGACCCUGCCCAAUGGACCAUCCAGAAGGUGUUCUUUCAGGGCCGCUACUAUGAGAGUCUGGCCCAGCUGGAGGAGCAGUUUGAGGCUGGCCAGGUGAAUGUGGUGGUGAUCCCAGACAACGGCACAGGUGGGUCCUGGUCCCUGAAGUCCCAGGUGCCCCCGGGUCCAGCUCCCCCUCUGCAGUUCCAUCCUCAGGGCGCCCGCUUCAGUGUCCAAGGCAGUCGAGUGACCUCCUCAUUGUGGACUUUCUCCUUUGGCCUCGGAGCUUUCAGUGGUCCAAGGAUCUUUGACAUUCGAUUCCAAGGAGAACGACUGGCUUAUGAGAUCAGCCUGCAAGAGGCCGUGGCUAUUUAUGGUGGGAAUACCCCAGCAGCAAUGCUCACUCGCUAUAUGGAUGGCUGCUUUGGCAUGGGCAAGUUUGCCACGCCCCUGACCCGAGGGGUGGACUGCCCCUAUCUGGCCACCUACGUGGACUGGCACUUCCUUCUGGAGUCCCAAGCCCCCAGGACACUACACGAUGCCUUUUGUGUGUUUGAGCAGAACCAGGGCCUGCCCCUGAGGCGACACCACUCAGAUUUUGUUUCCCACUAUUUUGGGGGCGUUGUGGAGACAGUGCUGGUCUUCAGAUCUGUGUCGACCUUGCUCAACUAUGACUAUGUGUGGGAUUUGGUCUUCCACCCCAACGGGGCCAUAGAAGUCAAAUUCCAUGCCACGGGCUACAUCAGCUCAGCGUUCCUCUUUGGUGCUGCCCGAAAAUACGGAAACCAGGUUCGGGAGAACACACUGGGCACCGUCCACACCCACAGUGCCCACUACAAAGUGGAUCUGGAUGUGGGAGGACUGGAGAACUGGGUCUGGGCUGAGGACAUGGCUUUUGUCCCCGCGACGGUACCCUGGAGACCUGAGCACCAGACACAGAGGCUGCAGGUGACCCGGAAGCAGCUGGAGACCGAGGAUCAGGCCACCUUCCCUCUGGGAGGGGCCUCCCCUCGCUACCUGUACCUGGCCAGCAAGCAAAACAACAAGUGGGGGCACCCUCGCGGCUAUCGCAUCCAGACGGUCAGCUUUGCUGGGGGGCCGCUGCCCCAGAACAGCUCCAUGGAGAGAGCGGUCAGCUGGGGGAGGUACCAGCUGGCCGUGACCCAGAGGAAGGAGACAGAGCCCAGCAGCUCCAGCGUCUUCAACCAGAAUGACCCCUGGACUCCCACCGUGGACUUUGCUGACUUCAUCAACAAUGAGACAAUUGCUGGAAAGGACUUGGUGGCCUGGGUGACAGCUGGUUUCCUGCACAUCCCACAUGCAGAGGACAUUCCCAACACGGUGACAGUGGGGAAUGGUGUGGGCUUCUUUCUGCGACCCUACAACUUCUUUGACGAGGACCCCUCCAUCAAUUCUGCUGACUCCAUCUACUUCCGAGAAGACCAGGAUGCUGGGUCCUGUGAGGUGAACUCCCUGGCUUGCCUGCCCAAGGCUCCUGCCUGUGCCCCUGAUCUCCCUGACUUCUCCCACGCGGGCUUCUUCCAGAACUAGGUGUUCCCUGGGAUGGGGAAUGAGACUGGAGCUCCAGGGUCUGGGAGUGUGGGGAGAAGGGCCAGGAACUGGGGAGCCUGUGCCUUUUCUCCCUCCUCAUGCUCCGGGGUCCUCUCUCUCCUCCAUCGUCCUCCCUUGCUUACCGCCUCGCUGGGAUCAUCCUGAAGCUAUGCUGCCUGAAUCAGGGGCUUCUCAGCUCUGUGCACCCCAACAAGCUGGGUUCCUGUCACAGAGGAGAGGAAUGGUCAGAUGAGAGUCUGGAGUCAUGGUUACACCUUUCUAGGAGACUCCUCGGUUUGGUGUUUUUCAUUUUCUUUUUUUGGUCUUUGCUUUCUGCUUUCCCCAGAUCGUUUUAGGCCAUGCCUGGUCUCUCUUGAAACUCCCCAGUCCUCACCUGGGAGGAGAGGAUGCGGGGUCUCUAUGGGGCUUGUUGCCUAGAGGCCCUGGGCAGGACUCCUGGCAGGCUUGUGAAUCCAGGAGUCCAGCUGGAAGGGACCCUUUGGCACAUGCUUCCUCUCAUUCUGGUCCUCCUUCUCCCUCUUCCUUCUUGCCUCACCUCCUCCUGUUCUUACCUAUUCUUAUAACCUGGGAUUUACCUCCCAGCCCUGAGGAGAUGUUCCUCAGCUCUCACUUUUCAACUCUGGUCUCCUCCUCUGACUCUAGGCCCGUGGAAGUCUGAAAAUGCAAGGGCCAUCUAGCUUGAGAGGACAGCCCCCGUCUGUCUCCCUGGGUCUGGGAGCUGCCCCUUCCCCCAGUCCUGGGGCAGGGUGUUUCCCCACAGUUCUUUCUGCCCAUUUGUAUAGGCCUGUCUUGCGUCCUCUUGCAGAGGAUGCUCAUGGAGACAGCAGCAGCUCUAGUUAGCACUGGAGGUGGUUUGUGGGUGCAGUGGUAAUGAGGAGUGGUCAUUUUGUGCCAGGUGUGUGGUGUGACCAUUGUCCUCUGAACUUGGCAAUAGCCAACAUGGGAGACUGGGUGAGAGCCAAGGGUGAGAAGCAGAAAGACCAGUCACACCAUGC